AUGUCUAUGUUCACAAGAAGCAUUCCGAAAUUGAUCAACCAUACCAAUCUUCAACACAUUCGAAAGAUGGCUUCUGCACCAGCAGCACAUAUCAAAUCUCUCGAUCACCUCGUCUUGACUGUCGCCUCCAUACCCCGCUCCAUCCAAUGGUAUAAGGCGAAUCUUGGCAUGCAAGCCGAGCAAUUCGUCUCAAGUGCCACACCAGAUAUCACUCGUCAUUCGCUUCUUUUUGGUUCGCAAAAAAUAAAUCUACAUCAACUCGGAAAGGAAUUCGAGCCCAAAGCUCAAAAUGUGAAAGAUGGAAGCGCAGAUUUGUGCUUCAUUACGGAUGAUAAUGUCAAAGAUGUUCGCCAACGUCUAAUAGAUGCAGGUGUGGAGAUGGUCGAUUUGAGCCCAGAGAAAACUGACGAAGGAAUUGUGAUACGCACUGGUGCUCAAGGCAAGCUGAGAAGUGUCUAUUGUAGAGAUCCCGAUGGGAAUUUGAUUGAGUGA